UCGAUUUCCCAAUUACUUCAUUCUGCCACUGGUUUUUACCCGGAAAACAGCGACACCUAUCGAUGGUACAAGCGGUAAUAGUUUUUCAGCUGAAAUCAUUACUGGAGCAUCAGACAGACAUUAUUUAUCAGAGAACAUUGUCUUUAGACUGCAGGAAAGUCAUACAUCACUGUAUGACUGGUAUAGAGUUACUACGCAUAAACAUGUUCUUGUUUAACAGAGAAACAGUGGUCAUGACCAGGAACAGUGAAAUCAAUAUGGCCACCAAUUUGAAGAAAACUGUAAAUCCACAAAUAAAGGCAAUGAUCAAUUCUGAUCAGCUGGCAGUGACAGAAGUUCUGCAGGAUGAUCAUAGCCACUGUGAAACAGAAUGGAGACAGGAAGAAGAUUUGUCAGAUGAUGGAGCUUCAGAGAUGUCUCCAGAGAACAGAGAGUUAUGGGACUACUUCUUGAACAACAGUGAUCCCUACAGUCCACUCUGCUUCUCCUGCACUGAUGAAGUAAAUGCUUUAGACAAUUAUCAUUGUGAUGAUGAUGAACUUGUUCCUUGUAAUCAUCAAGAGACAGAAACUAAAUGGAGUGAGGAAAAGGAUACUGAUUGGUUAGAUAAAGAUUAUUCAGAGAUGUCUCCAAAGAACAGAGAGUUAUGGGACUCCUUCUUGAACAACAGUGAUCCCUACAGUCCACUCUGCUUUUCCUGCCCUGCUGAAGUAAAAGCUUCAGACAGUGAUCAUUGUGAUGAUGAAGAAUUUGUUUCUUGUGAUUCUCAAGAGACAGAAACUGAACGGAGUGAGGAAAAGGAUACUGAUUGGUCAGAUGAAGGAGAUUCAGAGAUGUCUCCAGAGAACAGCAGGUUAUGGGACUCUUUCAUAAACAACAGUGAUCCCUACUGCCCUGCUGGUCUGAAAAUAAAGGCAUCAGAGGUUAAACAAAACCACACACCUUCUAGCCCCACAGCCAGAGAGGUUGAGGAGCACAAUCCUGACCAGAAUACAAAGAAAAGCGCUAAGAAGGUGCAUUUCAGUGAGGAGGUGACCAUUCACACCCUCGAGGCAUGGGGCUUUGCAAGCCAGGCAGCACGAGAUGGGUCGUGCUGGAUGAAGAUGGCAAUAGAUCGACUCCGUUUCAAAAGGAGAGUAGAGAAAGCUGGAGAGUUCAUCAGCCCAUGCCUCACAGCUCAGCACAGAGACAGAGUUUUGGACAGACUGAGAAGCCAUUCUGAUGGUAUUUUAGAUUGUGAUUGUGGUUAA